AUGCAACAAACGGCCGUCCCAGACGAGCCAGGGUAUUUCAACCUAGAUAGGAGGGCCGUCAAGGCUUACUUGGGCCUUCUGAAGGAGGAAAAGCGCCAUAAUAGCGAAGAUGAGAUUCUUCAGAGCGCCCUGCAGGAUCGUGGUGAUCUACUCGAGCGCCUUGGCCUCUCGGACGCUGCGCUACCACGACGUCCCAAUGCAGAGAGCAGCGAGGAACCAGACAUGCCGUUCUGUGACCGAUGCCACAAUCUCAUUCACCACCACACCGGGACUCCUAUCUAUCACCCCACCAUAGACGCGAUCCGUGAGACCAUCCAAGAGUCGCCGUAUAAGUACAACCAUGUCUACCACGUCCUUGACGCCGCCGACUUCCCCAUGUCGCUCCUACCUCAGGUCCACCAGCUGCUUGACCUGAUGCCGCUUCGCACCAAGAAUCGUCGCUCGCAAGCUGGGAAGUUCUUCAAGGGGAAGAAGACCGAGAUGAGCUUCAUCAUCACCAGGUCAGAUCUGCUAGCACCAAAGAAGGAACAGGUGGACAGACUCAUGCCCACUCUGGUCGAGAUCCUGAGACAGGCGCUCCCGCGUGAGUCAAGGCACGUGAGGCUAGGCAAUGUGAGAUGCGUGAGCGCCAAGAGGAGCUGGUGGACCCAGGAGGUGAAGGAGGACAUAUGGAAGCGAGGAGGUGCUGGGUGGAUGGUAGGCAAGGUUAAUGUCGGAAAGAGCCAGCUGUUCGACGCAGUGUUCCCCAAAGGUCGGAUGGAUUGGCAGGAAUCGAAGCACGAUAUUUCAGUGGCUGUCCAACCUCGGAACGAACACGCUCUCUCGCCAACUGUCCUCCAUGAGAAGAAGAAUCUCAUGGAUGCUGUGCUACCGGACAUUGACGAACUUGAGGACGAUGCUUUGUUGCCGCCACCACAAGAAGAGACGAACUUCCCUCGCAUGCCGGUCGUUUCCGCACUGCCGGGGACCACUGCGUCUCCCAUUCGGGUCCCUUUUGGUGGAGGAAAGGGUGAGCUCAUCGAUAUGCCCGGACUCGAGCGCAGCGAACUGGAGACUUGGGUCCGUGAAGAGCAUCGACCCUCUCUUGUCAUGAAGGCACGCACCACGCCUGAGCAACAAGUCAUCAAGCCUGGACAAUCGCUUCUGAUUGGUGGCUUCAUCAGGAUAACACCACGGACGUCAGACCUGAUCUUCCUUGCCUACGCAUUUACGCCAAUCGACCCGCACCUGACGGCAACAGAAAAAGCAAUUGAAAUACAGCAACAGACAUCUGAUGUCAAUGCGGGCAACAUAUCUGUCCUAGGGACUGGAAAGAAGAUCAAGCAUGCCGGGUCAUUCAAACUACAGUGGGACGUCACCAAGAAACGCGCCGGCCCCAUCACCAGGAAAGACGCAGUGGGCAUCAAGGUUGACCGCCUCCCAUACCGUGUCCUUUCGCUCGAUAUCCUCAUCGAGGGUGUUGGAUGGGUGGAGAUCACUGCCCAGGUCAGGACGAAGAACUUGUUUCUGCCGGCACGCCCGCCUGCUCCAAGCUCAAGACCAUCAUCCAAGAAGGACAUCAAGGCGGGCAGAGAGGAAAUCUUACAGGAAUUAGACCUGUCUGAGCCAUGUCUGGAAGAGGAGAACCCUCGCAAUGCUGACUACGGUGAACCAGAGCCGAACUGGCCGGUCGUGGACGUCUUCUCCCCAGAGGGCCGUUUUAUAGGCUGCCGACCACCCUUAAAUGCGUGGCUGUAUAACAAGGUCCGCAAGACUGCUGAGACCAGCAAGAAACGCCCGCGGAAGAGCAUGACGGGGGCGAAGAGAAGGGAAAAGGACACGGGAAGAAACAGUUCUGCUGCAGCAUGGUAG